UCUUUGGUGCCUUGUCUUUGAAUCAAUUUCUCUUCCUCUUCCUCUCUCUCUCUCUCUCUCUCUCUCUCUCUCUCUCUCUCUUUCUCUCUUCCCCCCCUCUUCAACACCACUAUAAACAAAGUACUACGAAGAAGAAGAAGAAGAAAUUAUACCCAAGAAAAGAAAAAGGAAAAAAAAAAAAAAAGAUUACAAAGAUGUUAAAAUCUGAAGAACUCCCGGAUUGUUUCUAUCCAACUCAACCUUCAUUAAUCUGCCCAAGCAUCCAAACCCCAAAGCAUUCCCUCUACCUCUCAAACCUUGAUGACCAAAAGUUCCUCAGAUUCUCCAUCAAAUAUCUCUACCUUUUCCAACACUCUGUGAGCUCAGAUUGCUUCAGAUAUUCUCUCUCCAAGCUUCUUGUUGAAUAUUACCCAUUGGCUGGGAGGUUGAGACCCAGUGCUGAAGAUGAUCAGAAGAUUGAGGUUGAUUGUAACGGGGAAGGUGCUGUUUUCGCUGAAGCAUUCAUGGAUAUCACUGCCCAAGAGUUUCUCGAGCUUUCUGGCAAACCAAACAGGUCUUGGAGGAAACUCUUGUAUAGGGUCGAAGCUCUCACUUUCUUGGAUGUUCCUCCUCUCGUUGUUCAGGUGACGUAUCUUCGCUGUGGAGCCAUGAUCCUCUGCACCGCGAUUAAUCACUGCAUAUGCGAUGGAAUAGGUACGUCACAGUUUCUACAUGCCUGGGCCCACAUGCUCACCAAACCAAAUCUUGAUCUACCAAUCUCACCCGUCCAUACUCGCCACGUGUUGAAACCCCGAAAUCCCCCGCAAAUAACCUUUCCUCAUCCUCAAUUUACCAAAACUGCCACCAAGGACAACAGUAACAUCCACGUGAUGGACAUCUUGAAAUUCCUACAAUCUCAGCCGCUCGUGCCUACAUCCUUAACCUUCACCCCAGCUCACAUCCUUCACCUCAAGCGGCAGUGCGUACCAUCGCUAAAGUGCACUACAUUUGAAGUCUUGGCAGCUCACACGUGGCGCUCCUGGGUUAGAUCACUAGAUAUACCCCCCUCCCUCAAUGUGAAACUCCUUUUCUCUGUCAACGUCCGAAAGAAGUUGACCCCACAAUUGCCCCAGGGGUAUUAUGGGAAUGGAUUCGUUCUCGCCUGUGCUCAGACCACCGUGAAGGACUUGGUCACCGCUAACUUGCACCGCGGCGUGAUGCUGGUUCAGCAGGCCAAGUCCUCUGUCAAUGAAGAUUGUGUGAGGUCAAUGAUUGAUUUGUUGGAGGACAAAACGGUAAAAACGGAUCUGUCCACGAGUUUGGUAAUUUCCCAGUGGGCUAAAUUGGGUUUGGAGGAUUUGGAUUUCGGACAUGGCAAGCCUCAUCAUAUGGGCCCAUUAACAAGUGAUAUUUACUGCUUGUUUUUACCUGUUUGCGGCGACUUUGACGCCGUCAGAGUUCUUCUUUCGGUGCCGGAGAGCAUGGUUGAGAAAUUCGAAUACUAUAUGAAGGAUUUUUUGGAUAAACAAGAAAAUAAUAAUGGAGACAGUAACGGGUUAUAUGAAGAGGCUAAUAACGGAUUUAUUUGAAUUAAAAAAAGAAAAAGAAAAAAAAGGAACUCGCUCUUUGUAUAAUAAGCAUGGUGAUGGGAGCAACUUAAUGUAAUUUUCCUUUUUCUUUCUAAGAAAAAACAUAAUGUAAUUUAAGUUUUCUAUCCAUCAAGUAUAUAUAUAUAUAUAUAUAUAUAAAUGUCGUUAAUAUGAAUCACAAAUCCUUAAUGUAGUUUGUUAUAUGCAUGCAAGUAUAAAGUUUG